AUGACAACCGCCACUCCUAAAGUGUCACCCCCACACAUGUCUUUUGCUCAGACAUAUAUUCUUGCCAGUAAAGUAAGACUGAAAUUGACUAAAGAAGCAGCAUCACCCAAGUCUUCAUUGCGUAACUUGGUGGUUCAAGCCAAUAUGUUAGAUAAUUUGAUGGAUUAUAUUACUGAAGAAACCGAACGAAGAAACAACUACAAUCAAGACAGCCACAACAAUAGCAACUACAACCGAGACAGCCAUAGCCACAACUACAACAGUACUCAACAAAACCAACGCGGUGAAGGGGAUAGGCAUGUACAGUUUGAUGUUCCUGCUGAAUCCAAUCAUGGCAAAUCAAGUCAUUCUGAUGAGGAAGUUUCAUCUACUGCUGGAUCAUUAUACAAGACUUCAAUCACUGAAUAUGAACUUGAUUCUGACUCUGACUCUGAUUCAGACUCAGACUACGAAGAAGAGGAAGACUACUACGACGAUUAUGAAGAACAAGAAUACGAAGGAGAUGUUAGUGAUGAAAUCAAACAGUUGAAUGGUGCUAUUCACGAACAUGCAACAAUGAGUCCACAUAUAACCACCGAGGAAGUUACUGAGUCUGACUCCGAAGAGGAAGAGGAGGAGGAAGAUGAUUACUACAUCUAUUCCGAUUCGGAAAUUGAAGAAGAUGUAGCUACACAAGCCAAAAAGAUUCCAAGAACUGUCAUCAUGAACACUACCACUUCGUUACCAACUACACCCAGUUACAAGUCAUUACCAUUCAUAAACUCGUCAUCAUCAACCACACCAACAAUCAUCGAAGAAGAUGAAGAAGAGGAAGAGGAAGAUGCUGCUACUGAUAUUGAAGAUUCUGAUGAUGAAGGUACAAUCAUUUGCGAGUCUGCUCAACAACAACAACAGCAACAAGAGCAAGCCAAUGCUCACAUGCCUCAUCAUCAUCAUGACAUGCCGGAGUUGUGCAAUACAAAUUCAUUAACUGAUGAUGAGUACGACGACGAUGAUGAAUACAUACUGCCUAAUCACAAUUACAAUCACCACCAUAAUCACAAUUCACAUUAUAAAUAUCCCAGCAAAACACUACAAUUGCCAACUACUGCUACUACUACCACCAUGAGUUUAUUCCAACACGAAAACAUUUCCUUGGAACAAGUUUGCUAA